AGUAUGAGAACUUGCAUAUGUAAAUUAAAUACGCUCACAUUUUUAAAAAUGGGCUCGCCGCUGCUUAAUGAAGUGGCCACUCCUCGCGUGUACUGCAAACGUGUGUGGUUCUGUGGGAAAUUCCACUAAAACAAUCGAUGUCGCAACACUGAGGAGGAGCUUUUACCGGAAUACGCUCAACCGUCAUCUCAUGCACACACGUUUUACCUUAUCUUUUUAUGUGUUUUUGGUUGUUCAUUUUGAACUGUCAGCUCAUCUUUCAGGCAGCAGCGUGUGUGUGUUCAUACGGGAAGUGGUUCAAGACUGUCGGUGGGACGGUUCGUUCUACACCGAACACUUCAUCCAGUCCGGACUUUGAGUUGCUGGCAGACUAGUGUUCCCAAGAUGGGGUUCAUGGCAGCCUUCAUCUUCACCCUUGUCUGCCUCUCUGUCGUGGUUGCCAUGGUGACAUCAGCCAUCCAUGAGUCCAGUGACCCAUCAGAGGCAGCCUGCUACGACUGGGGGGAGUACACCUCGGAGAGUGUCUCCGUUCUGGAGGGGGAGGUGGGCUGGCUGUCCUGUCCUCUCUUCCAUCACCCUUCCCUCUACAACUACUCCUCCUCCCAGAGCGCCGGACAAAGCCUGGUGUGGUACCGCCUUCUUGACGGACACGAUCUGGAGCAGCCAAUCACACACAGCAUGCGGCUGAGCAAAGAGAAGGAGAGGUUGCUGCUGCAGCCGGCCUUCGCCAACGAUACGGGCCAGUACAUCUGCAUGCUCCGCAACAAGUCGCACUGCAGUAAGAUGGCCGUGCGUCUCACGGUUUUGCGGCGUGACGAGGCAUCACCGGGCUCUGAAUGCGAUCUGCCGGUUGCCACGCCAGCAAGCCAGGUGGUUAUUUAUUUGCAGAAGGGUGAGACGGUCAACUGCCCGGACUGGCAGGACGCCGCCAACAUGUCCGACAGCCCACCCAUUGUCACCUGGUACCACGUGAGAAAUGUACUCCGUUUACACUGGCUCUAUUUUUUUGCAACGUCUACCAAAAUGGGGGUUAACACGUGUGUGUCAGGAAUGCCAGCAGCCUAAUCAGUGGACCAGUGAUCGUGAGCAGAUAGGUGCCAGUCUUCAAGUCCACUACAUGACUGACCCUUACCAAGGCCUUUAUUACUGUCAAGUGCACUACCAGAGGGGGGGUCGAGCGCUGAACUUCACCAGGAGCAUCAACAUG